CUCCAAGCCCUCCACCAGCUCAUUCCCGCCACCAUGCCUCAGGAUAUGCCCCCAACGGGGGGCUACGCUCAAGUCCAGUACAAGCGGAACCUCCCUGCCCGCGGCUUCAAGCCCGUCUACUACAUGAUUGGCAUGCACAUGAUCAUGGCCUACGGAUUCUACAAGUACUUCCACGGUGCCCGUGAGCAGCGUGAGCUCGCCCGUGAGAAAAUGUGGUCUCGUCUGCACAUCACUCCUCUCCUUCAGGCCGAGGAGGACCGCGACCAGGUCCGUCGUCACUUUGCCGACCAGGCUCGCGCCAACGAGCUCCUCGGCUCUGAUGCCAAGGUCUACAACUCUGACCGCUUUGUCCGCCCUACUUUCGCCUAUACCCCCGCCAGUGUCACUCAAUAGACUGUUUGACAAUGUCAUUGGUUUUUAGUGAUCUCCAAGCUCCUUUCCCUCUAUCUUCUUUUGACUCUGUAUGAUGCUGGUGUUUUGAAAUGCUUGAUUGGGUGACCCCUUACCUUUCAUGGUAUACGGA